AAACCAAAAAAAGGGAGGCGGUCUUCUCUCCUUUUUUUGGCACCUCCAAACAAGCAAAAGCAAGCAGGCUACAAUCUCUCUCCCUCUGUCUCUCUCUCCUUCUCUCUCUGUGAAUGUAUAAUUUUGGAGGAAACGUGUCCCUGAAACUCAGCAUAAAGCGCCACAGCCCUCACUUGUAGACUUGCUGAGAGAGAGAGAGAGAGGAGAGAGGAGAGAGGAGAGAGGAGGGAGGGGUGGAGAGAGGGAGAGUGAGAGCGGUUCAGUCGCCUCUUCUUAUGCACCCAUCUCAACAAUGUGUGUCUCCUGUCUCCUCUUUACGAGUCUCAUCAUCUCUCUUUGUUUUGAGUUUUAGGAGGGCCAGCAGUUGUUUCUGUAGGACCUGAUGUCAAAUAUGCGGCUUGAACUCUCACGAGCAUAACGACUUCAUUCGCAUUGAUAAAUGAAUAACACUUGAAUCCAAGGGAACAAUUUCAUCAUCUGUGUCCUUCUGAUUUGCAAUUUCGAGUUGCUAAAGUUCUUCGUGUGAUGGAAUCGAACGGGUGGAUGGGACCACAUUAUGUAAAUCCUGGGUACCCUUACCCCAACAACGAAAGCUUCAUGAACUUCUUUGAAGGCCUUACUCAUGCCCCAGUGAGCUACGCUCCUCCAGCUGCACCGUUGCUUGAUCAGGAAAGUAUGUAUUGGUCGAUGAGUAUGAAUGCAUACAAAUUUGGCUCUGCUAGUGAGGGGAGUAAUUCCUAUUACAGUUCUUAUGAGAUGAAUCAUCAAAUGCCAAGAAUAGAGGUUACUGGGAGUGACUGGGAACAGUCUUCGAGAUAUAGUGUUGAAGAGCCUGCCAGAAUAGAUACUCAAUAUGAGGAACAUGCAUCAACAAGUGUGGAUGGAAAUCCAGAAGAACGUAGCCCAAAUCAUCAAUCUCCUGAUGAAUCUCAGGCUGUUUGGCAAGACAACAUUGAUCCGGACAACAUGACAUAUGAGGAACUACUUGAUUUGGGGGAGGCAAUUGGAACUCAGAAUAAAGGCCUUUCCCAAGAGCUAAUUAGUAUGCUUCCGACCUCAAAAUACAAGCUCGGUGGUUUCUUUACCAGAAAAAAAUCGGGGGAGAGAUGUGUGAUAUGCCAAAUGAGGUACAAGAUUGGCGAUCGGCGAAUAAAGCUGCCAUGCAAACAUGCAUACCAUGGUGAAUGCAUCACCAAAUGGUUGGGGAUUAACAAGAUUUGCCCAGUCUGCAAUGUGGAGGUAUUUGGAAAGGAAUGAAUGGAUCAAGGGAUCAAUCUACUGCUGAGAAUGCCGAUGGGAUUAGGCUGUUUUGCAGCUGGAGGCUUCUUUCUAUUUUAGGAGGAAAACUUUCGGUUCGAUUUUUGUACACGAGAUAUGAUAUAGGUAUAGGGACUAUUAUACUGUGGUCCGGGUCUCAUGCAGGUCCUGUUGAGAUGGAUCGUAAUUGCCCAAGUUCCAGGCUAUGUUAGCAAGUGUAUAUCGAAUUCUCAGAUGCGAUUGUGUGACUGGGGAUUUUGUCUAAUUUUCUUUCUUUUUCUU